CGACAGAAUGAGGUCAGGAGUUCCGCGUCGCCAUGUUGAUUUUAGUUACGUCAGUCUAGCUAGCAGCAGCGCUGCCACCACUAUGAAAGAGACGCUCUGACCGCGGCGAAACUCACCAUUUGAGGGGUGAUAUUGGCGCCUUACAGAUGAAGCUCCGGUAAGCAGGCAUCUCCACAUCCACGAUGCUGGCCCGUCUUUUCCGCCUCCACGGCCUGCUGGUGGCCUCCCACCCCUGGGAGGUGAUAGUGGGGACCCUGGCCGUCACCGUCUGCCUCAUGAACAUGAACAGCUCACCGACCAGCAGUCAGAUGUGCAGCUGGAACAACUGUCCCAAGGUUGAAGAGGAGGCCCCCGGUAGUGAUAUAAUCGUUUUGACCAUCACUCGCUGCAUGGCUAUUAUUUAUAUCUACUUCCAGUUUAAGAACCUCCUUCAGCUGGGAUCCAAAUAUAUUCUGGGUAUUGCUGGAUUGUUUACAGUGUUUUCCAGCUUUGUUUUCAGCACAGUGGUCAUCCACUUCUUCGGGAAAGAACUAACCGGUCUUAAUGAAGCUCUGCCGUUCUUUCUCCUGCUCAUUGACCUGUCCAAAGCCUGCACUUUGGCUAAAUUUGCCCUCAGCUCCAACUCCCAGGAGGAGGUGAGGGAGAACAUAUCCAAGGGCAUGGCUAUCCUCGGCCCCACAUUCACCCUCGACGCUCUCGUUGAGUGUCUGGUUAUAGGAAUUGGCACCAUGUCGGGCGUUCCUCAGUUGGAGAUCAUGUGUUGUUUUGGCUGCAUGUCUGUUCUGGCCAAUUACUUUGUUUUCAUGACGUUCUUCCCAGCGUGCGUCUCUCUGGUCCUCGAGCUGUCCAGGGAAAGUCGGGAAGGCCAUCCCAUCUGGCAGAUGAGCCACUUGGCUAACGUUCUGGCUGAGGAAGAAGAUAACAAGCCCAACCCUGUGACCCAAAGAGUUAAAAUCAUCAUGUCUCUCGGUUUGGCCUUGGUCCACGCCCACACUCGGUUAACAGCUGAGCAUUCGGGUCGCAAUCGCACAGCAGAGGGACCCGUAGCCGAGAGACUGGAAUCAGCUGGGACCGCGUGGCCCCUGAAACUCACCAGCAUGGAGCUGGAACAUGUGAUAACUCUCGGCCUGGCGCUGCUCCUCGCCAUCAAGUACGUCGUCUUCGAGCAGGCGGACACCGAGUCCUCCCUGUCUCUCAGGAGUCCCAUUAGCGGCGCCUCUCUGAUUCAGAAGCCCCGGGCAGCCGACGGCUGCUGCAGGAGGGACCAAUCGGCUGCCAGGAAAAGCUCAGCGGGUGUCUUAGCAACCGGGGUUGCUUCCUCGGCGGUCUCAGACGUUAAACCGUUGCCUGAGGGUGAUACUACCUGUAAAGUGAGACGAAGCGUUUCAGUGGAGGCCGGCGGCUGUGGAGCAGAACCUCGCUCACUGGAGGAAUGCAUGGCCGUCCUCUCAGACCCUCAGAGCGGUCCAAAAAUGCUGACGGAUUCAGAAGUGAUCGACCUGGUGACGGCUAGGAAGAUCCUGAACUACAAACUGGAAGCGCUGCUGGAGACUCCAGAAAGGGGCGUGGCCAUCAGGAGAGAGAUGCUGGCGCGUAAACUUCCUGUCAGCUCAGCUUUGUCUGGUCUGCCUUACAAAGGCUACGACUAUUCAAAGGUGAUGGGCGCUUGCUGCGAGAACGUCAUCGGCUACAUGCCGGUGCCAGUGGGCGUGGCCGGCCCGCUGCUGUUGGACGGCCAGCAGUUUCACGUCCCCAUGGCGACCACGGAGGGCUGCCUCGUGGCCAGCACCAACAGAGGCUGCAGGGCCGUUUCUCUGAGCGGGGGCUGCAGCAGCAGGAUCCUGGCCGACAGCAUGACCAGGGGUCCUGUGGUGAGGCUGCCCUCGGCGUGCCGGGCCGCAGAGGUCAAAAUGUGGCUGGAGACCUCGGACGGGUUCGGCUUGGUCAAGGAAGCCUUCGACGAGACCAGCAGGUUUGCCCGUCUGGAGAAGCUGCUGGCCUGUGUGGCAGGAAGAAACCUUUACAUUCGCUUCCAGUCGCAGACGGGCGACGCCAUGGGGAUGAACAUGCUCUCUAAGGGGACGGAGCAGGCUCUGAGUCGGCUCAAGCAGCACUUUCCAGACGUGGAGGUCCUGUCUCUCAGUGGUAACUACUGCACUGACAAGAAAUCUGCUGCCAUCAACUGGAUCCUGGGUCGGGGGAAGUCCGCUGUGUGUGAAGCCACCAUCCCUGCCAAGGUGGUGAGGGAGGUUCUGAAGAGCAGCACGGCCGCUCUGGUGGAUCUGAACAUCAGUAAGAACCUGGUGGGCUCGGCCAUGGCCGGCAGCAUAGGGGGCUUCAACGCGCACGCCGCCAACAUCGUCACCGCCGUCUUCAUCGCCUGCGGACAGGACCCGGCUCAGACUGUGGGGAGCUCCAGCUGCAUCACUCAGAUGGAGGCCGCCGGCCCAGACGGAGACGACCUGUACAUCAGCUGCACCAUGCCGUCCAUGGAGCUGGGCACGGUGGGAGGAGGCACCAACCUGCCGCCACAGCAGGCCUGUCUGCAGAUGCUCGGUGUCGCCGGCCCCAACCAGCCGGGAGAGAACGCUCGCCAGCUGGCCCGUGUAGUGUGCGCCACCGUCCUGGCGGGGGAGCUGUCUCUGAUGGCCGCUCUGGCAGCAGGACACCUCGUCAAAAGUCACAUGACUCACAACAGAUCUAAAACCGACCUGCCGGAGAUGGCUUUCCCAACGGCCGAGACAAACGUCCCCAAGCGUUGACUCUUCGUCCAAAACUGCUAUAAACACAACCUGUGUUUAGUUGCUCUCUGACUGCAAAUGUUUUUUUUUUUUUUGUUUCCCAGUCGAGAUGUUACCGUUACUAACGUGUGCUAUUUAUUUGCAUCUGACUUUUUUUUUUUUUUUUUUUUUCCCAUCCUGGACGAUCAGCUAACUGAAUCAGAGAUGUGAGAAAACCUGCAUGGUUGUUAAACAGGUUUAAACCUGGCUUUGCAUUUGCCAAAAGCUUGCUGGAGAUGGCGCCGCGGACGUGUGUGAGGCCAUUUCUGCUCACGUUUCAAACCCUGAAUGUGUGAUUUUUUCCUGCCAGUGUUACAAGCUCCCAUUCGUGCCAUCCUCCCUGACUAAAAGCGUGCUGCUGUAUACUGUGUAUACUGCGGAGCGGCCAUGACUGCCGGUCUUCUUGGUUCCCGCUCGGAUCCACUAACUAGUCGUUACCGCUGGGAGACAAGAAACUUAAAGCAAUAUUUAUUUAUUUUGAACAUUUUCAUGUGAAAGUAUUAGAUUCCUGUAGGUGGUGAAUGUUGAAGAACGGUUGUGAUGUCUCAGUGGGUUUUAGAUCGGACAGAUUCUUGUUUUGCCAUCCUCAGAAGUGGCCUUAUGUGUUACAAGUGGAGCUUUACAUAGAAUAUCCAAUUCAAAGAAAUUUUUUACACUUGUAAUCAUAUUUAAAAAAUAAAACACUACCUUUCUA